UAGUGAGGUUAUGUUCCGGAAAUGGCAAACCGAAAACUGGUAGCUGGCGUGGUUGAUAAGUUUUGUAACUUCUGUUUAUUAGUUCAUUACUGAGUCUCAAAGAUAACUCUUGAAUUUUUAUUUAUAUUGUUCAUUCGAGUCGCUUUUCUUGAACAUUUGAAUUCAUUAAAUAACAAUGUCUUCAGGAUUUCUAUUAUCAGUUGUCGGUCAAAUUGAAAAAGCUGAUUUUCCUGACUUUGACGAUAUUUAUUGUAAAUAUUGUUUUAUGUGUGGCCCAGAUUGGGACAUUGUAUCCGGAAUCGAAGAAGGCAUAUCGCAGAUUGGAAGAAAAAGUCAAGAUGGUCGUCAAUUAUUUGUGUGGAAUUUCCCUCUAGAAAUCUCAUUCAAGAGCACCAAUCCUCACGGAUGGCCUCAGUUGAUAAUUAGCGUAUACGGACAGGAUACAUUUGGGAAUGAUGUUGUCAGAGGAUAUGGCAUUUGCCAUCUCCCAGUCCAGUCUGGAUCCUCCAGUGUCAGGGUGGCAAUGUUUGUACCAGAAUCAAGUUCUGUACUUCAACGUGUUACAUCAUGGCUGACGGGUCGGAGACCAGAGUAUGUUGAUCCUAGAGUUCUAGCUCAUGGCGAAGGAAGAGAAGUAACUCGCGUUCGAAGUCAAGGGAGAGUGUGGGUGAAUUUCAAUGUGCUGACCAAGGACAUGACUUCUCAUGGACUGGAUAAUAAGUCGCAUCACCCAUCAGCUGCCUUGGCGUCGGAAAUAUCUCAACUGAAACUGCAGUGAAUCCAAGUGGAUAAGUAGUCUUGUCUAUUCGAAUGUUCAUAUUCCACUGAUGAUUGAGUUUGAAAGUGUUCAUUAGAUAUUGGCAAUUAUCAGUCUGAUAUCAAUCACUACUCGAUAGGAUGAUGUAUAAAAUAUGACAAGACGCUUUUAGCGUGGAAUUUGUCGUACUUUGCUGUGUACUAUUGAUCUGAACCUUUUUACGAGCUCAACAUUUUGGAUUGGUGAUCGGAAUCUGAUGCACCCGUUUUCAAGUACUAGGCUUGAGACACAUAAUUUUUCAUCAUUGCGAGUCUAUGAUCUUGUCUCUGGUUGAAGCAUUCCAAUUGAAGGAAGAAUCGAUAGAGCAGAACGGGUUAUUGUGCAGCAACUCUAUUCUACAGCUCCAGGGGACAACGCUACAUUCCUUAUGAUGAUGAGCAUUUUGUUAAAAUACACUAUAGUGUAUAGUCUACGCCAUCAUUCCCUAUGAUAUGAAUAUAUUUUAUUUUAUGUGUUUUUUCUCCAAUCAAUUGUUUAAUUCAAUUAACUAACAGUGGCCUACCGUACAUAAUUCUCGAUUUAUUCUCUAAGACACAAAAUGUUUCGACUUAUCCACUCUGCAUCAUGUUAUAAUAAUAAUUCAUGCCAAUUCUCAUUUAGUACCAGCCCACAAAUACUUAUCCAAUAUAAAACACUGUUUCAUUGUUCUUACAUUCAAUGAAGAAGCAUUUAUUUUUCAUGUAAUGGGUACUUGGUGAUUUUAGUGGUGAUAAUUUUAUUAUUUAUUUAGUGAAUCAUAGAAGUGAUUGAGAAAGGAACAACAGGAACAAAAACGUUUCAUCCCAAAUUUUGAUAACCAUAAUAGUCCAAAAGUCAGGCUAUCUUUUCACUACAUCGAUUAACAUCAAUUCCUUGGUCAUAAUAUGACAUAAGCACUGAAGUCCAAAACUACCGUUUUGAUCAAAUGGAGCCCAAAGUUUUCUAGUAACAUAAUUUUCAAGAAUAAUUUUGGCCCUAUCACAAUGAAACUUACAAAGUAGGUUCAAAAUACACUUAUUCAUGAUUCUUUUAUUCAAAAAAGAUGAUAAAAUAAAAAUGGACUGAUUUAAUUAUGACUUGAGCUGUUUGGUCCAUAGUUAAGGAACUGGAUUAACCAACCGGCUUUUUAAAAAGAUUUAUUUCAGCAUACCAAUACAUCUAAUACAUGGCUAUAAGCGAUGUAUGCUCUACGAGCUCUGGCAACAGACUGACUCGAAAAAGCAACUAAACUAAUGGCUAAGAAAUAACAAUGCAUAGCUACAUCAGCAUUAUAAAGGGGAUACCAAAUGUAACUCCUCCCCCUAAGUGUGAAGCUGGCCUCAGCUUAAAAAAAUAUUAAAUAAAAGUUCAAAAAUUAAGUAUUAGUUACAUGGCAAUCUUGGAUACAUUUGUUGGGAAUCUGUUUUAACCAUAUCGUUAUCUACGCCAGAAUUACGAUUAUUUUUGAUUUAGAAAUGGAGAGUUUCUACCAAAUUCUAUUAAUAAAAAUUAAUAUCAAUAAAAUUACAAUAGAAAUAAAUAAUAAUAGUAAUUACAACAAUAUAUAUGAUAUAUAUUCUAUUGUCUCGUAAAGGUAAUUCAUCAAUAUCAUCAAGUUGUUGAAAUUUCAUGUUUGCAGUAUGUACUUGAUCAAAACUAAAAUUAGACAUCUUUUUAUUUGCUAUAAGUAUAGUUGGAGCAAUAAUUUCAUUUUCUCAGAAUACAUUUGGUCUGUAAUAUCCAAUCAAAGUCUCGGAGUUAUCAAUUUUUAACAAUUUAGUAUUCUGUUUGGAAAGAGAGUAACAUUUUUCUUCUUGUCAACACUGUAAGUUAUACAUGAACUUAUAUUAAAUAAUAUAAAACUAUCAAUUAUAUUGAUAUAUUUCACUAAAGAUGACCCAUAUUUCAAAAUUAAUUUAUUACAUCCAUUUAAAUUUAUUUAUUUGAGCAAACAAUACAAUAGUCGGAAAAAACAGGCUAUUGCCCAAAACUUCUUCAAUUUCCUAAUUUUGUCUUAAAUUGUCCAAAUAUUAUGUAGGUUGUGUCCAUUUCGAUUCAUACACCAAAUCAUCAAUCUGAAUAUACAAAUCAGAAUAAAACAAACAAUUCCAAAUUUAGAUAGAUUGAUAAUAAAAUUUCCGUAAAAACAUGUAACUAACUACAAAAUCACAAAAUAAUUCUAUAAAAACACAAAAAUUUUGAGCUAAAAAUAUCACGUUCACCAAAACAACAGCAAAAUCUCUAUCAUCUAACAAUAGGAGGAGUUUAUUUUCAAAAUAGCCAUGGUCCAUCUUUCCUCAUUUGUGGAAAAUCAAUACAAAACUUUUUAAUGUGGAACAACUUUGACACUUGACUUAAAUUAAAAAGAAAUUAUUAUUCAUUGAACUUGUAUUAUCAUUCGUGCAGAAUAUUAUCAUCCUUAAAUCAAUAGUUUAUUUUUAAUCAAGCAAAUAAGUUUGGACAUGGGACAUUUGAAACAAAAAGUUGGACAUAGGACAUUUUGAAAAUAAAAAAAUGGACAAAGGACUUUUUGUUUCAAAAGCUCAACUUAUGAGUGAAUGUGAGUUUUGAAAAAGGACAUGUUUUAUUUACAGAAGUAUUAAAUUUGUUUGAAAGAUAUAUAAAUACAUUUUACAUUAUGUCAUCAGAAUCCCCCAUCAUCCCACCUUCCAAUUCAUCCUUAGAUGACUUAUUUGUUGUGUCCCCAUUAAAAAUGUCUCUUUUAUAUUGCAAGUUUGGAUUUGCUUCCUAUCCUUCACCAAAGUGCAGGUGCAACAGGCGUUUGACAUCUGUAAUCUUUAGUUGUUUUAUGGGAGCCCCAAGAGGAACCACUGGUAAAAUUAAUUCACUGAAAUCCAACUUUGGCUUGAUGACUUUCUUUGAUACUGCAAUGUCGGUUUGGUACCAUGGCUCACCUCUGAUCAGAAUUGGAGCUGUAGGCGUUGUGCCUCGAGUGAUGAUGAAUCGUUUUGUUGAGCUGAAUUUGAAGUGCCAUUGUCCUGGUUUCUUCAUAGUUUGUUGAGAAAGGAGCUUCCAGUCAUAUACAGACCAAUCAUCCCCCAUUUCAAAUACUGUCUCAUGUAUAUUGAAAAUGUCCCAGUAUUCUCGAUCAAUGAUUGUAUCCAGGUCACGUAGUUCAAUUUCAAUCCUACCGAAAAUCCUUUUGGGAGGAAUGUAUGAGUGGCCUGGCACAGGGAAAAUCAAACGAAUUUCCUUCAAAUGAGGAGGUGCAAAAUUUUGGAGCCAAUACAUAACCAUGUAUAUCAUGGAGAAAUUUUUAUUUUGACCUCCACAUCCGUCUGCAAAAAGUCGAAGUAAAAAAUUCCUUCAAAAUCCAUAUUUUUCAAUCUGUGGAAAAUUGCUGAUGAGAUCUGUGCUGAACCUUUAGACCCAACUGCUUCAGUCCAAGAAUAUAUAAAUACUUUGUUCUUUGGUUGUUGAUCUUUUGAUGUACCCUCACAAACAGUAAAGUUAUAUAGAUAAAAUUGUCUACUCUAAGUAUGCAGCUUGGUCAGGAAUGCGUGUUAACACUUGAUUUUUCUGGCAAUCGAAUGAAAUGGUUUUCUCUCCCUCAUUUUUUUCUCUUAAUAAUGAGAAAAAUGCUUCACUCCUUUUCUUAUGCAAUAUUUGCUGUGCAGUAUACCAUGUAUCUCCAGCCUGAAUUUCAAGUUCAUGUUCGAUGCACUUUGAGCAUUUAUCUACAGCUGGACUCCCAAAACUCAGAUUGUAUUCCUUCGUGAAAAUGUCAUAGAAGUAUGAAUAGGGCACUCUGAAGAAAUCUCAUUGCAUUUACCGUGUAGUUUCACAAUUGAAAGAUAUGAAGGAAGGUACUGCUUUAUUUUUGUCGAAGCACGACAAUAAUGUUUUUUUAAUGGAACAAUCUUUUCAAUGUAUGCUUUUACAGCCGAUUUCUUAUCUACAAACCGAUGAGACUUGUGGUCACCCCCACGGUUCUCGGUAGGCAGGACUCCACUUGUAAAAUGUCUCUUGCAAACUCGAUGUACUCGUUUUUCAUUGACACCUAGUAUAUCACAGAUGCUUUUCCGGCAGAUCUUCACAAGUUUGGUUUUAUUGUUUGUACAUUUUGGUAUUUAUGCUUUCCGUGAGCAUUUUCCGCUCACCUCGAGGUCUGGCACGUUUGGGAGACUCACUGUGUGUGUAUUUCAGAAUAAAACUGUCCUGAACUUGUUUAUUUUUAUCUGAGUAAACUUGAUGAAAUUUUCGAGUAUCUUGCAUUGAGAGUUUAUGACAGCUAAGUGAAUUUCCAGCAUGUUUGCAUUGAGGAAGUUUUGGCAAACAUUUACAAGAAUAUCGUUUGAGUUUUUCUCGACCCCACUGUUCAGGAUUCCUGAGUUUUUUCGUCCUUUACCCUUUUCACAUGGCACAAUAACACUGUUGAAACCUUUCAUUAUGAGAAAUUUUUAUCACUAUACACUCAUUUAUUGCUGUUUUAAGUGAAUAAAGAUCAAUAUACAAGUAAUAAUAUUAAUUAAAUCACUAAAGAGCAGUCUCAAGACACGACUCUCAGACAAAUGCAGCAACAUAACCUAUCGUUGGAAUUCUUUAUUUCGAUUGCCACAGUGAACAGCAGGGCAGCCACUGUUGAAAAUAUUCAAGAGACAUGAAGAAGUAAUAUGGAAUUAAUCUUAUUUUAGUUCUUUUCUCAGUAGUGUCACAUCUGAAACCAGAGAGGACAAGGGACAUUUUGAAACAGAACUGCCCAGUCAACUUGUUAUUGAAUAUAUGGUUUAGGACAUUUUGAAACAAAAACUAAUGACAAUCUGUGAGUAUAGUGAGGUCGCCAUCUUGAACUGGACAAGAGACAGUUUGAUUCCAAACAUAUGUUUUGAAGAGAGAUUUUAUAUUAUGGAAACACAUGUAUUCCAUUCGAAAGCUUAUAAAGAUAGAGCUAAGGCAUAAUAAUCUUCAAUUAGAAAAAAAUGGACAUAGGAUAUUGUGAA